AUGAUCGCCCGCGGCCCGACAAAUAUUACAGGAUUUUCUGCGCGUUCGCGCGAGCAAAACAAGGAAUCUGCAGCGCUAUCAAACCCGACCCGAAAGAAGCGGUGGGCGCCCAAGGUCCGAACAGGCUGCGCGACUUGCCGAAACCGACGCAUUAAAUGUGACGAAGCAAAACCCAUUUGCCGACGAUGUAUCACUGCUCGAGCUCGCUGCGAAUAUCCCCCGCCACCGUCGCACAAACCAGAGCCAUUGCGACCACUGCGCAUGGCGGCGCCCGUACGACAAACCGAGCCUCCUGGCUGGGACAUAGCGCAAGGCGCUCGAUACUUCGUAACGGUUAUGAUUCCCGAUUACCAAAAUGAUACCCCGAACGGCUUCACCGACGGAUUUGUCAAUUUUCAUAUCUCGCGCUUUAAUUCGAAGCCGAGCUUUCUCAUGAUAGUGACAUGCCACUACAUCGCGACGCUCUCUGCCCAGAACGGAUACUUAGUGCGGCAAGGUGAUUUUCCUGCCCUUGACAACGUCUGGCGCAUCUUCUACGGUUACAUGGUUGAAUCAAUCACAAAACUCAAUGAGCAUAUUGAAUCAGGUGACCCCAUUCGAAACAUCCUGUAUAAAGUGAUUGAUUUAUUGAGCGUCGAGCUUCGGAUCAUCGACUCUCCUUGGAGAGCGCAUCUCAACGGUUUUCUUGGCAUUGUCGAGUCUUAUGGUGGAGUCGAUGUGGUUAUGAACUCGAGUGCUCGUCCACCCAUCCUCGCUUUGCAGUAUGCCCUCAUCUAUGGCAUCGCGAAUAAUGCAUGCGCACCUGUCAAUGACCAAGUCUCCGGCUUCGACAGCUGGAGUGACGAGGACGCACGUUUGAUGUAUUCCAAUACCUUUUUUCCAGGCUUCCCUUGCCCAAGUUGUCUCUUCCUGAGUAUACGGCGAAUAACACGCAUUCGCGUUCAGUCUCAUACAUGGGUCGGUAAAGGAAUCAACAGCAACCUAAACGCGUUUGCUAGUGCAAUCGCUGCAGAAGUGGCCAGUUUCUCGCCUGUUACCUGGAAGGAGUCCUAUCAUAUACCGGAUGAACCCUUUCUCUCAUUAUUGGCAAUUUCAUUUAAGACUGCUACUCAACUGAAACAGGCUAAGCGAUGCCCGCAAACAGCUCCGUGCCAAACUCAUACACUAUUUAGAUCAGAUAUUCAGGCUAGAUGCAAGUCUAAAGUACCUUUAGAGCAAGAGCGCGUGCUAGGCUACAUCGAGAAUAUAAGAAGGCAGUCCGGUGUUGAUUGUGGUGCGGCAACGCUGGUGGGUAUUAUUCCACGAUUCUGGGAGUCGGGCAAGAGCGCAUGGGAUCAGUGCUUUUACAAACCAUGUCAGGUCUUGUCGUGA